AUGCCCACCGUGAAGGUUUUAGCUAUUGAAUAUGAUGGCCCUAAUCUUGAUACACUAAUUGGCCUGCUCAAGGGCUUCCCCUGCUUGGAGAGGCUGUAUGUCAUUUUUAACGCACGGUCGCGGAUGAAGAUUGAAAGUGUGCAAAAAUAUGGCCCACUAGAUCCAAUUGAAUGCCUCGAGAGCUAUCUCAAAAGAGUGGUGUUGGAGGGCUACUCUGGGGACAAGCCGAAUGUUGAAUUUGGUAAGUUUUUCGUUUUGAAUGCGAAGGUGCUAGAAGAAAUGAAAUUUGGAUCCAUUCACAGCCGCGACCGCGAAUGGAAGUCUAAUCAACACAUGUGGUUACUAGUGGACAGCAGAGCUUCUCGAGACGCUCGAUUCGAAUUCACAAGUCGUUAUUGUAGGCAUAAUGGCCUAGGUAACAGUCAUACACAUGACUUACCAAUGGCCAAUCCCUUCAAGUGCUUUGAUGCUGCAUGCAGAGUCGGCGCGGAAUGCCUAUUUUAG